AUGGGCUAUGAGCAGGUCCAUGCUAGAGUGGUGAUAGAUGUUAAAGAGGAACUUACAAGAGUGGAUGCGAUCAAACCUUCUCGAACUCCUGCAAUAAGUCUUGAGAGCACAGAAGUUACAACCCAACAGAGCAACUCUGCACUAGGCUUCUCAAGCUCUGCAGGGUUUGGUUCACCAUCCAUCAAGGCAAUGUUUUCAGGACAUUUUGGAGCAGAGUCUUCGUCGUACCUGGAGAUGAGAAACUAUGGAUCACGGAUUACCCAGGGUGACAGUGAUGGUGUUGUUUGGUGGGGGUUUAACAUUGAUGACCCACAUGAACAGGAGGCAGGUAAAGAGCUCCUUGAUACCCUCCCAAGUGUGGAGUUUGAGUUCCUUGGAAAGAAUGCAUCUUUGCCUACUCAGUUACAUGUUGAGGUCACUUCAUGUUGGUCAUUGAUUUCAAGCAUUGAAAACAGGCAAUCCUGGAUACAGGCAUUGAUUGGGCUGGCAAAGCCAAAAGGUCUCUCAUACUCCAAUCUGUGCCAGAUUGUCCAGUUGGAGAUACCCAGUACACUACUGGAGGAUUGUGAAUACAAGUCUCUUACAGAUGUGAAACAGUCUGGUUGUCAUACACAGGUUAAACUCUUUGAAGGCUCUGAUUUGGUAACCAUUACACCCUCCAUCUUGUUUUUGGAUGGGCCUGGUCCACCACAUUCUGGCAUCUUACAUGAGUAG